CCGGGCCGCCCGCGCCGCCCGGGCCCCGCGGCUGCCGCAGCAUUCCCGGGAAGGACAGAAUGACUGACAACAUGAAGGAGUGCCUGGCCCAGACCAAGGCGGCUGUGGGGGAUAUGGUGACUGUGGUGAAGACCGAGGUCUGCUCCCCACUCCGAGACCAGGAGUAUGGCCAGCCCUGCUCUAGGAGACCAGACCCCUCACCCAUGGAAGUGGAGCCCAAGAAACUGAAGGGGAAGCGUGAGCUCAUCAUGCCCAAAAGCUUCCAGCAAGUGGACUUCUGGUUCUGCGAGUCCUGCCAGGAGUACUUUGUGGAUGAGUGCCCGAACCACGGUCCCCCAGUGUUUGUGUCCGACACGCCAGUGCCCGUGGGCAUCCCAGACAGGGCUGCCCUCACCAUCCCGCAGGGCAUGGAGGUGGUCAAGGAAGCCAGUGGGGAGAAUGACGUGCGAUGCAUAAAUGAGGUCAUCCCCAAGGGCCACAUCUUCGGCCCCUAUGAGGGGCAGAUCUCCACCCAGGACAAAUCAGCUGGCUUCUUCUCCUGGCUGAUUGUGGACAAGAAUAACCGCUACAAGUCUAUAGAUGGGUCAGACGAGACUAAAGCCAACUGGAUGAGGUACGUGGUCAUCUCCCGGGAGGAGAGGGAGCAGAACCUGCUGGCCUUCCAGCACAGCGAGCACAUCUACUUCCGAGCGUGCCGGGAUAUCCGGCCUGGGGAACGGCUCCGGGUCUGGUACAGCGAGGACUACAUGAGGCGUCUACACAGCAUGUCCCAGGAAACCAUCCACCGCAAUCUGGCCAGAGGAGAGAAGAGGUUGCAGAGGGAGAAGUCUGAGCAGGCUCUGGAUAACCCAGAAGACCUGAGGGGUCCCAUUCAGCUCCCCGUGUUGAGACAGGGCAAAAGUCCGUACAAGCGUGGCUUUGACGAGGGGGACGCACACCCCCAGGCCAAGAAGAAGAAGAUUGACCUCAUUUUCAAGGAUGUGUUGGAGGCUUCACUGGAGUCUGCAAAGGCGGAAGCUCGUCAGUUGGCUUUGAGCACCUCGCUGGUCAUCAGGAAGGUCCCCAAGUACCAGGACGAUGCCUACAGUCGGUGUGCAAUGAGCGUGUCCCAUGGCGUGCAGAAUGUCAGCCGGACCCCGGGGGAAGGGGACUGGAAGAUCCCGCAGGGGGCUUCCAAGGAGCCAGGCCCGUUGGAGGAUGAAGAGGAGGAGCCUUCGUCCUUCAAGGCCGACAGUCCCGCAGAGGCCUCCCUUGCAUCCGACCCUCACGAGCUUCCCACCACCUCCUUUUGCCCUAACUGUAUCCGCCUAAAGAAGAAGGUCCGGGAACUCCAGGCCGAACUAGACAUGCUUAAGUCCGGGAAGCUUCCCGAGCCCCCCGUAUUGCCAACACAGGUACUGGAGCUCCCAGAGUUCUCGGACCCUGCAGCUUCGGAGAGCCUGGUCUCCGGCCCCGCCCUCAUGGAGGACGACGACCAGGAGGUCGAUUCUGCCGACGAGUCCGUGUCCAACGACAUAAUGACCGCCGCCGAUGAGCCCUCCAAACUGUCCUCCGCCAGCGGGCGCCGCAUCCGCCGCUUCAAGCAGGAGUGGCUGAAGAAGUUCUGGUUCCUGCGGUACUCCCCGACCCUCAACGAGAUGUGGUGCCACGUAUGCCGCCAGUACACCGUGCAGUCGUCCCGCACGUCGGCCUUCAUCAUCGGCUCCAAGCAGUUCAAGAUCCACACCAUCAAGCUGCACAGCCAGAGCAACCUGCACAAGAAGUGUCUGCAGCUGUACAAGCUGCGGAUGCACCCCGAGAAGACGGAGGAGAUGUGCCGCAACAUGACCCUGCUCUUCAACACCGCCUACCACCUGGCGCUCGAGGGCCGGCCCUACCUGGACUUCCGGCCGCUGGCCGAGCUCCUGCGCAAGUGCGAGCUCAAGGUGGUGGACCAGUACAUGAACGAGGGCGACUGCCAGAUCCUCAUUCACCACAUCGCGCGCGCGCUGCGCGAGGACCUGGUGGAGCGCGUCCGCCAGUCGCCCUGCCUCAGCAUCAUCCUGGACGGGCAGAGCGACGACCUGCUGGCCGACACGGUGGCCGUCUAUGUCCAGUACACCAGCAGCGACGGCCCCCCGGCCACCGAGUUCCUGUCCCUGCAGGAGCUGGGCUUCUCCAGCACCGAGAGCUACCUGCAGGCGCUCGACCGGGCCUUCUCGGCCCUGGGCAUCCGACUGCAGGACGAGAAGCCCACCGUGGGCCUGGGCAUCGACGGGGCCAACGUCACGGCCAGCCUGCGCGCCAGCAUGUUCAUGACCAUCCGCAAGACGCUGCCCUGGCUGCUGUGCUUGCCCUUCAUGGUGCACCGGCCCCACCUGGAGAUCCUGGACGCCAUCAGUGGCAAGGAGCUGCCCUGCCUGGAGGAGCUGGAGAACAACCUGAAGCAGUUGCUGAGUUUCUACCGGUACUCGCCGCGCCUCAUGGGCGAGCUGCGGUCCACGGCGUCCACCCUGUGCGAGGAGACGGAGUUCCUGGGGGACAUCCGCGCCGUGAGGUGGAUCAUCGGGGAGCAGAACGUCCUCAACGCCCUCAUUAAAGACUACCUGGAGGUGGUGGCCCACCUCAAGGACGUCAGCAGCCAGACGCAGCGGGCCGACGCGUCGGCCAUCGCGCUGGCCCUGCUUCAGUUCCUCAUGGAUUACCAGUCCAUCAAGCUCAUCUACUUCCUCCUGGACGUGAUCGCCGUGCUCUCGCGCCUGGCCUACGUCUUCCAGGGCGAGUACCUCCUGGUGUCUCAGGUGGACGACAAGAUUGAGGAGGCCAUCCAGGAGGUCAGCCGCCUGGCCGACUCCCCCGGCGAGUACCUGCAGGAGUUCGAGGAGAACUUCCGAGAGAGCUUCAACGGGAUCGCCAUGAAGAACCUCAGGGUGGCCGAGGCCAAGUUCCAGUCCGUCAGGGAGAAGAUCUGCCAGAAGACCCAGGUGAUCCUGGCUCAGAGGUUUGAUUCCCGCAGCCGGAUCUUCGUGAAGGCCUGCCAGGUGUUCGACCUGGCCGCCUGGCCCAGGAACAGCGAGGAGCUCCUGAGCUACGGCAAGGAGGACAUGGUGCAGAUAUUCAAUCACCUGGAGGCCAUCCCGACCUUCUCCCGGGAUGUCUGCAGGGAGGGGCUGGACCCCCGGGGCAGCCUGCUGAUGGAGUGGCGGGAGCUCAAGGCGGAUUACUAUACCAAAAAUGGCUUCAAAGACCUGAUCGGCCACAUCUGCAAGUACAAACAGCGCUUCCCGCUCUUGAACAAGAUCAUCCAGGUCCUCAAAGUCCUCCCCACGUCCACUGCCUGCUGCGAGAAAGGCCGUAACGCCCUGCAGCGAGUCCGCAAAAACCACCGCUCCCGCCUGACCCUGGAGCAGCUCAGUGACCUGCUGACCAUCGCUGUGAACGGCCCGCCGAUCGCCAACUUCGACGCCAAGCGAGCCCUGGACAGCUGGUUCGAGGAGAAGUCCGGCAACAGUUACGCGUUGUCCGCCGAGGUCCUCAGCAGGAUGUCGGUGCUGGAGCAGAAGCCCGUGCUGCAGACCGUGGACCACGGGUCCGAGUUUUACCCAGACAUCUAGGGGGCCGGCGACCCAGAGUUCACUAAGCUAUUGAAU